GGUUUCCAAUUUCCAAACCUGAUGUGAUCUCACAGCUGGAACAAGGGGAAGAACCGUGGGUCCCCGACCUCCAGGCCUCUGAGAAGGAAGUGCUCCUGAGAGCUGCUUGCACAGGUGAUGGGAUGGUGAAUGAGAAUGAGGAGAAACCCCAGCAGGAAGAUGCUCAGCAAGUAGAACCACAUGGAACGUUAUCAGGAAGAUCCAAAGGGAAAGUUUCCAGCAGUUGUGCACGCCGAGAAAAAGCAAAAGCCUAUGAAACUCGGCAGACUCAGCAGAUGCCAGCGGAAAACUUCAGUAGACAUUCAGACCUUAUUACACAGAAGAGAAUCAACUUGGAAUGGAGACGCUACACAUGCCACGACUUCAGUCAGCACUCAACCCUUACCACACAUGAGAGAAUCCACACGGGAGAGACGCCGUACAUGUGCUCUGAGUGUGGGAAAAGCUUCAGUGAUCAUUCAGCCCUUACCACACAUGUGAGAGUCCACACAGGAGAGAUGCCCUACACGUGCCCUGAGUGCGGGAAAAGCUUCAUUGAUAGUUCAAGCCUCAUCUCACAUCAGCGAAUCCACACAGGAGAGAUGCCCUACACAUGCUCUGAGUGUGGGAAAAGCUUUAAUCACAGCUCUACCCUGAGCAAACAUGGGAGAAUCCACACGGGUGAGAAACCUUAUGGAUGCUCUGAGUGCGGGAAAAGCUUUAGUCAGCGUUCAGACCUUAUCACGCAUCAGAGAACACACACAGGGGAAAAGCCCUACACGUGCUCUGAGUGCGGGAAACGCUUCGGUCAGCACUCAACCCUUAUCGCACAUAAGAGAAUCCACACGGGGGAGACGCCCUACACGUGCUCUGAGUGCGGGAAAAGCUUCAGUCAGCACUCGACCCUUAUCGCACAUCAGAGAAUCCACACAGGAGAGAAGCCCUACACGUGCUCCGAGUGCGGGAAACGCUUUAAUCACAGCUCUACCCUGAGCACACAUAGGAGAAUCCACACGGGUGAGAAAGGUUAUGGAUGCUCUGAGUGUGGGAAAAGCUUCAUUCAUAGUUCAGCCCUCAUCUCACAUCAUAGAACCCACUCAGGAGAGACGCCCUACACCUGUGGUGAGUGCGGGAAAAGCUUUGGUCAUCACUCAACCUUUAUCACGCAUCAGCGAAUCCACACAAGAGAGAUGCCCUACACGUGCUCUGAGUGCGGGAAAGGCUUCAGUGAUAGUUCAAGCUUCAACUCACAUCAGCGAAUCCACACAAGAGAGACGCUCCACACGUGCUCUGAGUGUGGGAAAAGCUUCAGGCGACGCUCAAACCUUAUUGCACAUCAGAGAAUCCACACAGGAGAGACGCCCCACACAUGCUCUCAGUGCGGGUAAAGCUUCAACUGGAGUUCAAACCUUAUCACGCAUCAGAGAAUCCACACAGGGGAGACGCCCUUCACAUGCUCUGAGUGUGGGAAAAGCUGCAGACGGAGCUCUGACCUGAUUAUACAUCAGAGAAUCCACACUGGUGAGAAACCUUAUGGAUGCUCGGAGUGUGGGAAAAGCCUCAGAAAUAGCUCACACCGUAUUAGACAUCGCAAAAUCCACACGAGAGACCUGUAACACAUGCCGUGAUUAGGGGUGGCCAAAGUUGUUUUUUUUUUUAAUAAUCACAUUUGCUAAUUCCCACACAGUGAUCUGUGUACCAUCUUCACUGUGGUCUCAGGUCCACCAGAUGAGUUGCCUGCUUCUGCCUUUUGCAGCUCACCCUUCUUUGGGGUCAGUCCUGUGAUCUUUUUCUAUCAACUCCUUUCCUUUUGAGUUGUAGGAGCAUGUGUCCCUCCAGCCAGGAAUGUUCAUCCACUCCAGGUAGGGGAGAGAGGUUUGACCUCAACAAGCUACACUGAGGCAAAAACUACCUGUGCCUGACAUCCACUAGGGCUGCACCUGGCAUUGGCUGUGCAAAUUAGUGAUCUUGGUGUAAAAAGACAAUUAUAGUUGUAGUUCAGAUGCAGCCCAGGUGCAGCGGUUGGCAUUAGCUUCCCCCUUGACCUGACUUAAACUCUAUCACUUUUCCUAGUCUAAACUGUGAUUAAUGUCCUUAAGUCUUGACCAUUAGUGUCAGGCUAAGCACCAUUAGGCCUCAACCUUCCAGAAGUUGUAAGAAGCAAGUACAGCUGAAUCCUGCAAGCAUAAGCAUAAUCUAGCUAGGAAGCGUUAUAGACUAAAAAGGAAACUCUGUAAAGGUAGAUACAAACUUGUGGUUACUAUGCUCUGCAACCAAAUACCUCUUUAAGCUGACUCGAGCAUUUUUGAAUCUAGCAAAUUGACCACAGUUAGUCACAUAGAGUAGAGAUGAGCCGAGCACAGAUGUACAGUUCAGAAGUUCAAAACAACUGCAAAUACCACACUGAAACAUUUGGCCACCUUUAUUGUCUGACCCAUUUUAAAACACGGCCAGCAGAUACCGUAUAAAAAGAGUUUAGAGAUGGAAGUGUGUGUGUGUGUGUGUGUGUGUGUUGACCUAAAAGAGACCACUCUUUGUCAGGCUCCACAUACACCGCCUGAACCAAAGGGACUUGUGCUUCACCGACUAUCUGUCCCUUGCCAGUGCAGGAAACAGUCAACUGACGGUAAUGUCUCUUUGGAAGAAUGCAGGGCAAGGUUUCGGAGUGGAAAGGGCUGGUUGUACUCGAGCUAGUUAAUCUUAAAUCUGUGUUAAUAUUAUAGUUUAAUUAUAUUAGCAAAUUGUUUAAGUUGUUUAAAAAUAGUAUUAGUCAAUAGUUAAUCACUAUAUAACAGCUGUAUAUGUUCUGUGCCUUGCUGAAAGCAGGUACAGCGCAGGUGAAGCUAGUAGUUUAUAAAUCAUAAGAGCUUUACAAGUCGCUGUGCCUGUCUUCAGUAUAAGUUACCAUCAAGUUUCUCACAAAAGUCAAUCAAAGUUUGUAAGUUGUUAGAAAGGUUAUAGGUAGGUUAAGGUUAGUACAAUAUAGUCAAUCAAUGUAGAGUUGUGUUUGUGGGGUGGUUACAGUACAUGGGACGUUGCUGGGCAAUCAGUAAUAGUAGCUUUUCACAUGCUUGUGACUAUUUGCAGUAUUGACCUUUUAUAUGUGCACUUAUAGGAACAGGCAGUUAAUGUACAAUAUUGUGCUUGUGCUUGUGCUUGUCUCCAGUAUAACCUGCCAUUUAUAUUAAUCCUCACUCAGUGCUGCUCUUUAGUUCUGGUUUUCUUAUUCUGUCUGUGUUGCCUUUAUAGUCGUAAGUCAUUAAAAGCCUUUCUGGAGGAAUAA